CCGAAAACCCGAAACGACACGACCUGGCAACGGCCACCGUGCGAACCACCACUGCACUUCCUAUUGUACGCCGGGCUCACAUCUCUUUUUCGUCGCGACACAGCAGCAGAUCCCAACGAUGAAUAUCGACGUGCGAGGCGCCGUUUUGAGCAGGGGCUGGUAUACCGCAUUUUGCUGAGAGGCAAUGCAAGCCAGCCGCCCGCUUCCCUGGUUCCGAGGACCGAAACUCGGGCCAUUCAAAUUCCGGGACGAAGCCAAUCGUGACAUUACGUUUCUGGAGCACCUGGGUGGUGGGGUUCACGCUGAGGUCUUUCGGGUGAUGAUUGAUGAUUCCAUUUACGCUCUCAAGCUGUUCCGCUUCGUGCAUCCCACCAUGGUCAUACAGCCAAACGUGCUGCGCGACGGCACAGCUAGCAUCGAGGAUGUCAUCAACCAGAACGACCCCUUUCAUUGUGAAUGCCGCGCCUACGGCCGUCUCAAGGAAGUAGGUCGGGAAGAUCUUGCCGUGCACUGCUACGGUUAUGUCCUCCUUAGCCGGCGUCACGAGCAUGACCUUGCACAGCUUGGUUUCACGGAUUGGGACCGCCGCGAUGCCGUCAAGGACCGUCCGAUCAGAGGUAUCGUGAAGGAGUACAUCGCCGAUGACGGAAGUGGGCCGUUCACAUUUGAGAUGCUGCCUCGGAUGCGUCAGGACAUCAUAGACCUAAACCGGCUGGGCAUUGUCGUGUGGGAUGUCCGGGCUGACAACUACCGCGCCGGCCGCAUCGUUGACUUCAGCCAAGCGCAUACAGCGCCGCACAUGGAGCUGGAUUGGAACUCCACUGCGUACGCGCGCAGCCAGGUCAUGGAUUGCUGUGUGCGCGAUCGGGCGUGCUUCGACGACAUGAUCGAAGAGUGGAACGAGAACCACCCGGACCAGAAAUUCUGGCGGCGUUUCAUGCCGAAUCUCGCCUUUGGCCAGCGCCUCCGUGACAUGACGCGCUAUCGCGAGUCUUUGUACCGGCAGGAGGGCGCGAAGUUUGACGCAGCCUUCUAUGACUGGGAGAAGAAACGUAGUACAUCUUCGUCACCAAGGGCAGUUCAGAGUCCUCGAUCGGAUCGGAAAACGCGGAGGGAACGUGCGACCAACGGAUCGGUGUCCAAGAAGCGAAAUGUUCGGCGUCGUGGGAGAAGAAGAGGAACCGCAAACCACCCUGGGUGAUAACACGAUAGCGAACGCAAUCUUACAUUCAAGG